AUGCCUGGUAGGCUAGCUACUAAGAGGAAGAAAUCCAUUACCAAGAAUACAACAAAAUACAUGGUUUCUAAGGUUGGAAAGAAAACCAGAUGUAGUAUAUGCAAGGAGAUAGGUCAUACCAAGGCUACUUGUCCACAGAGAAGGCCCCAAAAGUUAAACGUGAAGAGACAGAAGAAACAAAAAGGUAGUAGAAGUGAACCUCAACAACAUGAAGAGGUUGAAAUGACUCUAAUUGAGAUGGACACUACUCAAAACGAUAUGCAAGUUACUCCUAAUGAUGUUGAAUCCAAUAGUGCAAGGGAUUUUAGUCAGUCUAUAAAAGUUACUCCACCUAGAAGUUAUGAAGGUGAUGAGGGUGUUGUAGGUGAGGAAGUUGAGGAGGGUGGUAAUGUUGUUCCUAUUAUCCAGGUUCAGCAGGUUAGGGUUAGACCAAUUUCAGAGAUUUUGAAGAAGAUAAGGAGCAGAAAGUUAGAGAGAAUCCUGAAGUUGGAAUUAGGCAAGAGAAUUGGUGGUGUUGAUGAUCCAGGAAAUUCUAAGGGAAAAGCUCUUUUAAUUGAUUAG